AAAGCACUGCCUUCGCACCUUUUUGCGCUUCUCCAUCAUCCAUAGUAGAUAACUUUAACCUCUACGACCGAUGAAAAGAACCGCCUACCAAAGUCGCCAAUCCCCCUCAUCCCCCCUUGACUUCAACGAUAUCAAUUUUAAUUCCAAUCCUAACCAAAAUUUCUGAUUCUUUACGAUCUUCCUUUUCGUAAAGAAAAUAAUUCGCACUUUUUCUUACAGUUCUCAAUUUUCUCUGUUUGUGAUCGUCGACUUCUCUUUUGGGUCCAUCAAUUUUACACAUCAACUUUAUCGAGAGAAGCAUCGCGCCAAGUUGUUGCAUCUAUCAAAGGCUCGUUCAACAUCAACACUAAACGCGCCCAUUCAUUUGGUCGUGCGAUUACAAUCAUCUUUUCCUAUCGACGUGUCCACACAUUGUCGAAUCGUUGUUGACUUGAUCAAUACAUCUUUUUGAACCAUACGCGCCUCAACAUAACAUCAUACCUCAUGCGCAAGGCUACCUUUGAUAUGUGCUGAAGCUUACCUUGACACCAACAAACACAGUCCAAAGUCCACUUAAUACGCACUUUAUAUCCUUAGGCUACCAUGGCCUCGACAAUCCAGAACGCGCCGGCUGUUCAACAGCCUGGUUUAUCUAUGUCUAAUGAGAUGAAUCCGCAAAUACAAGCUCUGUUACAGGUAAGCUCCUCCCACACUAUAUUAUCGAUUAUUUCCCACACACUGUGUCAAUUUGCAUCUUGCUAACUGUUUGGAUUUCACAGAGAUAUAAACAAAUGAAAGAGCAAGGCGUGUCAGAAAAAGAUCCCGAGUUUAUAAAAGUCCACCAAACUCUCUCGACCUUUCGCAUGCAUCGGCAGAAAGCUGCAUUUGCACAACAACAGCAGCAGAUGAUGCAACAGCAACAACAAAAUGCUAACAGUAUCGCGGCAAAUGGCUCUGCUCUGCCCCGACCUCCAUCUACCCCUAGCACGAUUUCCGGCGCGCAAGUACCUGCGACAUCCUCACUUGGCCCUUCAGCGAUUCCCGCGGCUGCAGCAAGCUCUGCCGCAUACAAAAUAGCCGCUGGCCCACAGAAACCAACGGGGAGCUCUGGUUAUUUUUCGCCAGAACAGCUGAGCAUGUUAAAGCACCAAAUUUAUGCAUUCAAAUGUUUGUCGAAGAACUUGGGAAUCCCGUCACAAACUCAGCAGCAACUAUUUGCGUCGCAAAAGAAGCCGCCUACGCCCAUCGAACAAGUACUAGCUACUACUCAACAGCCUGGCGAGGAUGCCCAGCGUACCGCCAAUGGAGUAGAAACUAUCCCGGCCCAAAAAGUUGAGGGGCCCAAAUUUCAUCAAUAUACCGGAUUUGAAGACCCGCGUGAAAUACUUCUGAAGCAAAUUAGCUAUAGCACGCACAAGCUUCGAGGACAACGUCCUAUAAUUCCAUCUAUCUUUCCGACGGGUGUCAAUAUUGAAGAACUUCGCCAAAAACGAGCUGAGAUUAUCCACAAUCGUAUGAACGCGAGACUUAAUGAAUUGAGAUCAUUGCCUGCAAAUAUUGCGCAUGUAGAUGCACGAGAUGAUGAUAUGGUCCCAGAUGACUCUCUUAGGCGUAAAGCAUUGAUCGAGAUGAAGAUGUUGGCACUGUACGAUAAACAGAGGGCGUUGCGUGAGAGAGUCGGUAGACAGAUGAUUCAAUACGACAACCUAGCGAUGACGGCCAACAGAAGCAUUUAUCGCCGCAUGAAGAAACAAUCACUCCGAGAAGCUAGGAUUACCGAAAAAUUGGAGAAACAACAACGUGACGCUCGUGAGACACGGGAGAAGAAGAAACACACCGAUUACCUGCAAACAGUCCUUAACCAUGCUCGUGAGGUCAAUUUAGCUGGCCUGAACCAGAGACAGAAGAUGGUUAAGUUAGGCCGUAUGAUGGUAACUCAACAUCAAAAUAUCGAGAAGGAAGAACAAAAGCGCAUCGAGCGAACAGCGAAGCAGCGUCUUGCAGCUUUGAAAUCGAACGAUGAGGAGGCAUAUUUGAAAUUGUUAGAUCAAGCAAAAGAUACUCGUAUCACACACCUGCUGAGACAAACAGAUGGUUUCUUGUCUCAACUUGCUGCAUCCGUCAAGGAACAACAACGAAAAGCGGCAGAGCGUUAUGGUGAUGAUGGUGGUGACUUUGAGGAGGAUGAGUCUGAAGAUGACGAUGAAGAAGAACCAGAUACACGCAAGAUCGAUUACUAUGCUGUCGCUCAUCGCAUUAAAGAAGAAGUCACCAAGCAACCUAACAUUCUUGUUGGUGGCACUCUAAAGGAGUAUCAAUUGAAGGGUCUGCAAUGGAUGAUUUCGCUAUACAACAACAACCUGAACGGUAUCUUGGCCGAUGAAAUGGGUCUUGGUAAAACUAUUCAAACCAUCAGUUUGCUCACAUAUUUGAUCGAGGCCAAAAAGCAGAAUGGUCCUUUCCUCGUAAUUGUUCCGCUGAGUACCUUGACGAAUUGGACUCUUGAGUUCGAAAAGUGGGCCCCGUCGAUUGGAAAAAUUGUUUACAAAGGUCCACCAAACACAAGAAAACAACAACAAAAUCACCUUCGUUACGGAAACUUCCAAGUACUUUUGACUACAUACGAGUAUAUCAUCAAGGAUAGACCAAUUUUGAGCAAGAUCAAAUGGGUGCACAUGAUCAUUGAUGAAGGUCAUCGUAUGAAGAACGCACAGUCGAAGCUCAGUGCUACUCUCACACAGUACUACACUACUCGUUACCGCUUAAUUCUUACUGGUACUCCUCUUCAAAACAAUCUACCCGAACUCUGGGCAUUGCUCAAUUUCGUUCUUCCAACCAUCUUCAAGUCUGUCAAGUCUUUCGAUGAAUGGUUCAAUACUCCAUUUGCCAACACGGGUGGUCAGGACAAGAUGGAGCUUACGGAAGAAGAACAAAUUCUUGUUAUUAGACGUCUCCACAAAGUUUUACGGCCUUUCUUGCUCCGUCGUCUUAAAAAGGAUGUUGAAAAGGACCUCCCUGAUAAGACUGAAAAGGUCAUCAAGUGUAAAUUCUCGGCCCUGCAAGCCCGUCUCUACAAACAAAUGGUCACCCACAACAAGCUCGUUGUUAGCGAUGGGAAAGGAGGCAAGACUGGAGCUAAGGGUUUGAGCAAUAUGAUCAUGCAAUUGCGAAAGCUUUGUAACCAUCCGUUCGUGUUUCGCGAAGUUGAAGAUCAAAUGAAUCCUAACAAUUUCAUCAAUGAUACUUUAUGGCGAAGUUCAGGGAAAUUCGAGCUGCUCGACCGUAUUUUGCCAAAGUAUCAAGCAACUGGACAUAGAGUUUUGAUGUUUUUCCAGAUGACGGCCAUUAUGGAUAUCAUGGGGGAAUUUCUAGAUUACAGAGGCAUCAAAUUUAUGAGAUUGGAUGGUACGACUAAAUCUGAUGAUCGUUCCCUUCUUCUCAAGGAGUUUAACGCACCAGAUUCUCCAUACUUUUGUUUCUUGCUGUCAACUCGUGCUGGAGGUCUAGGUUUAAAUUUGCAGACCGCUGACACUGUCAUCAUCUACGAUUCGGAUUGGAAUCCCCAUCAAGAUUUACAGGCUCAGGAUCGUGCCCAUCGUAUUGGUCAAAAGAAUGAAGUUCGUAUUCUUCGACUAAUCAGUUCCAACUCAGUCGAGGAGAAGAUUUUGGAAAGAGCAAAGUUCAAGCUCGAUAUGGAUGGCAAGGUCAUUCAAGCUGGUAGAUUCGACAAUAAGUCAUCCGAAACUGAUCGUGACGCAAUGCUUAGGGUUAUGUUGGAAACAGCAGAAGCCGCUGAGUCUAUGGAACAAGACGACAUGGACGAUGAAGAGCUCAACGAAAUCUUGGCACGAUCUGAUGAGGAGAUUGUCAAGUUUCGACAAAUGGACGAGGAACGAAACAAAGAUUUACUCUACGGCAAUAACCCUCAAAGCAAACGUAUUUCUCGUCUAAUGGUAGAAAGUGAGCUUCCGGAAAUCUACAUGUCAGACGGAAACCCCAUUUCGGACGAACCUGAGGCGCCACAAGGCCGUGGCGCAAGAGAGCGCACUCGCGUUAAGUACGACGACGGUCUCACGGAGGAGCAAUGGACUAUGGCUGUGGACGAUGAUGAGGAUUCUCCAGAAGCUGCAGCAGCCCGCAAAGCAGCUAGGGCUGAUCGUCGAGAACGAAACAAGGCAAGAAAGCUUGGUCAACUCAAUGGCCCUCUUUCACCUGCUGGUAGUCGUGAUAGCUCAGAAGACCCUGAACCUGAGCCUGAGCCAACACCCAAGAAGGGCCGUGGUCGCAAGCCGGGUGUUAAGAUUGAGAAGCGAAAGGCCGAUGAGUUUGAUGAUGAACCACCGCCAAAGCGAAAGCGUGGCGGUCCUGGGCGCCCACCAAGAAUUCCGAACGGAGAUAUCUUGACGCCCAAGACUCGUAUGACUCUCCAAGCCAGCUUGAAGAUUGUCUUUGACCAUCUGAUGCAUUUGAAGUCUCUACCCGAAUCUCCAGACUCGCAAGGGGAGCAAACCGCACGGGAGAUCAUAUUUCCAUUUGUUUCCUUGCCAUCGAAGAAAGACUUUCCAGACUAUUACGUGAUUAUCAAGGAACCAAUUGCUAUGAAGCUCAUUGAAAAGAAAAUAAACAAGAGGGAAUACAACAGUCUCCAGGAUUUCAAGAAAGAUAUUGACACUCUCUGCACCAAUGCUAAGACGUAUAACGAGGAUGGCAGUUUGAUCUAUGUCGAUGCUGUUGCAAUUAGCGUAAGUUGAAUUGAUAUCCACACACAUUACAAUACUAACAAAUACUAGGAGGAGUGUGAAUCUCGAAUUCAAGAUGAAAUUAACGAGCAUCCGGAGCUUGGUGCUGAAGGUGAUGAGACAUCACGAAACGGCGGCUCAACAGCCCCAACUACAAGUGCCGGUACCCCCAUGCCAGCACCAGGGCCAAGCACGAAGCUGAAGCUUACAUUCAAUAAGCAGGCGGCUAAUGGAAGGAAUAGUAGUAUUCAAAGUGACGACGAUGACGAUGAUGAGUAGACACUCAUACAUGAGAUUCAUUGUGAUUAUGAUUGGGGGAGGUGUAAAGGGGCGGGCUUGUCAGGUUACUUCUCUCGCGCGUACGACCCCGUGCAUGUUGUUUUAGUGGCGUUUACAUCACAUGGAAAGGCGUUAGUUGAAAGGGAAAAAUAUAUUUGCGUAUUUGACGCGAAGGCAUAACAAUGGCUUUUUUUAUUCUAUCAAAGGGCCCUUGCCUAGAAUGUAUUCUAAUAGAAGAGAAUGAGAUGCAUGAGAGAUAUUCCAUAGUGGUUGGUAGUCUAUUGACUGAAAUGAAG